AAAUUCGGGCGUGGAGAAGCAGAAACCCAAAGAAGCGUAUCGGAGCAUCGGCAGUGUAAAAUCGUCGUCGGCCGAUGAUCUCCUCCGCUCCGGCAUGGUGUUUCUUUCAAACUGACUUUCAGUAGGAAAACGAAGUCAAAAUGGAAGAUGGAGAGGACAACGCAUUGCAGCAUUCGGGCACUCGACGAACACGUUCGCAGGCAGCACCCGAUUGGCCACCAGAGCAUGCACUCAUUCUUGUCAAUGAGAUUGCUGUUGUUGAGAUGGAUUGUUCAAAUGCUUUUUCCACCUUUCAAAAGUGGAAAAUGGUUGUGGAAAACUGCAAUGCUUUCGGUGUACCACGGUCUUUAGACCAGUGCCGGAGGAAGUGGGACUCAUUGCUUGGUCAGUACAACAAGAUCAAGCAAUGGGAGUCCAAGUCUAGAAGUAAUUCGUAUUGGUCUUUGAGAAUUGAUAGGAGGAAAGUGUGUGGGCUUCCAGAAGAUUUCGACAAAGAGUUGUUUAAAGCAAUUGACACAGUUGCCAGGGCAAAGGAUGGUGAAUCAGGUACUGACCGAGACAGUGAUCCAGAAGCACAGGAGGAUCCACAUGAAGUAAUGGAAGAGCUAGGUGCUCGCUUCAGUACCACUUCUUUAAUAAAGCAUGAGAUCAUUGAAAUGUGCUACAUUUUAGAAUUAUCAGGGUCCAAAAAGCAAAGAAGAAAUUUGAUGCUUCUGAAUAGUCAUGCUGAAGUAAAACCUAAGAAUUGUUUUGCAAUGGAAGAGCCGGUGAAACAUGUGGCAGAAAAUGCUCAGAGAGGUCGAGCAAAAGAAAAGCUUCAUGCAAUUGAAAGAAAAGAAAAACAUCAGGCAAGUAAAGAAGAUAAUCCUCAAAAGAGCCAUGCUGAAGAGAGGCAUAUGAUUAGUGUUGAAGAAAGGGAGCGGAUAUUGGUGGCAAAACUUUAUGAGGAUGCAGAAGAGAUUCAUGCCAUAGUUGAGAAAAGUCUUGGUCAGAAUUCAGACUACAGGGGUACUGAUUUGAACAAAGUGGAGCACUUCCAAGGUGAAUCCAUAAGGCAUCAAGCAGACAAGCUUAUUGGGUGCCUUGGAAAUAUACUGAGCACCCUCAACCACUUCUCUCAACUUGCUGAAGAUGAAGAACAUGAAUAGUUAUGGUAAAAGAGUUUAACAUUGGAAUUACUUGUCUAGUAGCAAUGUGAAAUGGUGCUAACCUUUCCAUCACCAUGUUAUUGGCAUCUUUGUGCCAGUGAGAGUGGGAACAUCUGUCUCCCUAAUUUUGUUUCGAUCAAUAAAGCUAGCAUGUCUUG